AUGGACAGGGUCGUGGAGGAGAGCGCGGCUCUUGACUCUACUCUACUCAGUCAAGACCCUGAACAAUACGACAAACUUGCCGCGGGACUCUCGUCGAAACUUAAGAGGAUCACACUGGACGACUUGUCUCUGACGCCAGACAUUCUUAAUAACAUCUCACCAGCUACUCAUACCAUAGUCUACCUGCACGCCUUGCUGGUCACCCUCGAAACCUCUCCUGCCGGUGGAAAGAUUCCUGCCCGCCAGUUACCGCCCACAGCGCUCCCCAACGGACCAUUAUGGCAGCACAUCGUGCAAGCACUUCUCGAAUUCGACCCGGUACAAGUGCGAUACUGUGGAGGACUAUUGACGCGGCUGGUGGAUUAUGUUUCCUGGGGCGCCGAACAGACAUCAAACUACGUACCUGCGAUCCAACUGCUACACCAUGUCAUCCUGCGACUCGACAGCACUUCAUCCACGUUGACCUCAACACACCGAUCCUUUAUCCGACUCUGUUUACUUGCGCAGGCCUAUUCGGAAGCCAUUGACAUUCUCGACCGACCAAUCUACCACGUCCCCACGGCGGCUCCAGUCGACCAACGAACCUACAAAUACCUGUGUGUUGAUGGUGCACCAACCUGGACAUACCUGAACCAGACGACUGGUCUGACAUACCCGAUCACAAACCGCAUGUACCUCGAGUAUUAUCUGCUGGGUGGCAUGUGCUAUCUAGCCAUGAGACGAUACAAAGAAGCGCAGUUCUUUUUCGAGACAGUGGUUUCAGCCCCUGUGUUUCAAAACGUAGCGAGCGCAAUCAUGGUCGAAGCCUACAAGAAGUGGAUUUUGGUAGGAUUGUUGUUGAACGGAUCUGCGCCUUCGAUGCCCAAAACCGCCAGCCCAACAGCAAUCAAACAUGUCCGCGCCGUCUCCAAGCCGUACCAAUGUGUCGCCGACGCCUUCAAAUCUGGCAACGCCCAAAAACUACGCGCGGAAAUCGAAGUCGGCACCAACAUCUGGCAAGACGAGGGAAAUUACGGUCUCAUGAUUGAGGUCUAUCAAGCCUUCCGAAAGUUUUCGGUCUCCAGACUCGGACGCAUAUUCGGUGCAUUGCCCAUCGCCGAAGUCGCCAAGAGGACGUCUCCGGAUCCAACAAAUGUGGAUGAAACGCGAGCAUAUCUGCAGGAUCUGGUUGAAAAAGGCGACAUCCAAGCCACGAUUUUACAGAGCAAAGCAGGUGUCCAGAUUUUGCGGUUCUUGUCAUCUAGUCGCACUAGCAGUUCGACUAUUACUAGGACUCAAACCGAGGCAGAAGUUGAGAAAGACCUGAAAGAUCAUACCGAACACCUACAGAGUCUGUUGGGAUAUGUUCAAGACACGGAGCAUCGCAUGGAAGUCAGUCGCGAAUAUAUUGACUACUUGAAGAAACUCAAGAAGAUCAGAGACGAUGACAAGAAGAAUGCCAACGGCAACGGCAAUGGCGGCGGCACUUUAAAAGGUGUGGGCCGCGGCGCGGCAAACGACGACAUUGACGAAGACAUGAUGGAAGAAUAUUAG